CUGUGGUUUAACCAUCUCGAUGCAGCUUCUAGGAAAUUAGUGCCGUAAAAGUAUAAAACAUCACAGGAUGUUUUUCUUUUGACAAAAGUGAAAAAAAUUACGCUUUUUGAUUUUCAGACGAGUAUAACUCUAAAAACGUCUUUUUCUGAAGUUUAAAUCCUAAAAUAUUUUUCGGAUAUUUGGUGCAUUUCAGCAGCGGUGAAAGGAGUGUUUUUAAAGUUCUGCAGAGUUUGUGGUGAUUUCCUGUCUGCAGUCAACAGGAUGGAGUUCGCUCAGCUCUGCCUCAUACUCUCGUCUCUGACCGUCUCUCCUGAGCGCUCUCAGUUCCGCCACUAUGAAACCAUCAUCCUGAGCUGUGCGGCCAACUCCACGGGCUGGAUGGUGAGGAGGAACACGUCUUAUCACUUCAGUCAGAAAUGUCAGUUCGGGUGGGGGGUUCCCAAAGAGUCCUCCUGCAAGAUCGACACCGCCUACCCAUCAGACAGCGGGGCGUACUGGUGUGAAAACAACCACGGCGGGUGCAGCAACGUCGUCAACCUCACCGUCACCGCUUCCCCGUUGAUCCUGGAGAGCCCGGUGCAUCCCGUCACCGAGGGGGACAGCGUGACUCUUCGCUGCUCCUACAAGGAUGAACGUCUAAUCUCCUCGACCUCAAACUUCAGCACCAACUUUUACAAGGAUGGACAACUCAUUGGUGAAGAAAAGGAGGGAAGGAUGGUCAUUACCAUCAUCUCUAUGUCUGCAGAAGGUUUCUACUCGUGUGAGGACCCGUCCAGAGGAAAAACGUCCGAGAAGAGCUGGGUGGGAGUCAGAGCCAGAGUGAUUCCUCCUGAAGAUCCUCCCACCGAUCCCCCUCACUUCCUGUGGAUCAGAAUAGCAGCCGGCGCGCUGAUCUUCAUCCUAUAUGCCGUCAUCCUCCUCCUGUGCCUGUGCAGCAUUCGCAGGUGGGCUCGAGGUCGAGCUGCUGCCAGAAAGUGAGAAACCGAGAAGAAGAAAUCGUAAAAAUGACUUUUUUUCUUCUAGAUUCCUCCUGAUGGAUGAAGAAUUUUCAGUUCAGAAGGUUAUGUUUGCAUUGGAACCAUUAAAAGAAACA